AUGGCCUCUCCGGGCCCCGACCACACGCGGUCGGCACUCAUUCUCUAUGGGUCUGAGACAGGCAAUGCGCAGGAAGUGGCAGAAGAAUUGGGAUCUUUGGCUGAGCGACUGCGUUUCGUGACGCAUGUCUCCGAAUUGAACCAUGCAUCAGCGGAUACCCUUUCUUCAUACACUGUUACGAUAUUUGUGAUAUCGACGACUGGACAGGGUGAUCUACCGGCGAAUGCACGCAAGUUCUGGAAGUCGCUGCUGCUUAAGAAGCUCUCACCGACGUACCUGAACGGGGUCAAUUUUACAACUUUCGGCCUGGGUGAUAGCUCUUAUCCAAAGUUCAACUGGGCAGUACGAAAGCUUUACAAGCGGCUGAUCCAGCUGGGCGGGAAUGACAUCUAUCCAACCGGCGAGGCAGACCAGCAACAUCCUGAAGGCCUCGAAGGCACAUUUAUACCAUGGGCCACGGACUUCCGAAAGCAUUUGAUGGGCACGCACCCUCUCCCAGCGGGAGAACACCCAAUUCCAGAUGAUGUGCAGCUGCCUCCCAAAUGGAUAUUACGACUGAAAGGCGAGAAUAUCUCGGCCACAGCACCAAAGGAUGAAGCUCCUAUCCCGGCGACACAGCAAGCCGAGACCGAUGAAAACCCCAGUCUGACCAAUCUUGACACCGAUAGUCGGCCACUACCAGACACAUAUACUUCCACUCUGACUGAAAACCGACGAGUUACUCCACAGAAGCACUGGCAAGAUGUUCGAAGAAUAUCCUUGACUAUUCCGGAAUCUGUCAACUACGUCCCGGGAGAUAUGAUCGCCAUCACCCCAAAAUCCUCGCCGAAGGAUGUGCAGAUUUUCAUUGACCUUAUGGCCUGGCAUGAGCAAGCUGACAAACUUAUUACCCUUGUUCCUACGGGAGACAUUCCUGCCCCACCUCCUAUCGCUGGGCUCGACUCUUACCCUAACCUUACCUUACGCACCCUCCUCACGGACUACCUCGACGUCCGCGGCAUACCUCGCAGAGCUUUCUUUUCCGCCAUUGCUCACUACACAAGCAAUGAGCUACAUAAGGAACGACUCUUGGAAUUUACCAACCCAGAGUAUUUAGAUGAACUAUGGGAUUAUACUACACGGCCUCGACGCAGCAUCAUUGAAGUUCUGCACGAGUUUGACUCGGUGAAAAUUCCCUGGGAACACGCCGUCUCCGUUCUCCCAGUGAUCCGUGCUCGACAGUUCAGUGUUUCUAGCGGCGGUGAAAAGAAGAGGACUGCCGAUGGAAAAACACAGUUUGAGCUUCUCAUCGCCAUCGUCAAAUACCAAACUGUGAUCAAGCGAAUUCGUGAAGGCGUUUGCACCAAGUACCUAUCCACCCUCCGACCAGGCAGUACACUCCGCGUUCAGCUCCAGCCAGGAGGCCUCAACUCCUCUCAACAGCAGCUGACGGCGUCUACUGUCUUGAUCGGCCCCGGCACGGGCAUCGCUCCGCUCCGGUCGAUGCUCUGGGAGAAGGCGGCGCUGGUUCAAGCGUUCCGCGAGCAAAACCCUGGUGUCACGCCUCCCAUCGGGCCGACAAUUCUCCUCUACGGAGGUAGGAACCGUACCUCUGACUUCUUCUUCGAGGAAGAAUGGAGACACCUGAGCACAUUGAUCCCGCUGCAGGUGCUGACAGCCUUCUCACGAGACCAACCCCAGAAGGUCUACGUCCAAGAUACAAUCCGUCAGAAUUUCGUGCUCUUCUUCCGUCUCCUCCACGACAUGGAAGGGUCGGUCUAUAUCUGUGGUUCAUCGGGUCGGAUGCCCCAGGCGGUUCGCGAGGCGCUCAUCGAGGCAUUUGUGAGUGGAGGGGCACCGGUACCCGGGCAGCCAUACAGCCGGUCGCAGGCGGAGGAGUAUCUUAUUGGGAUGGAGAAAGUCGGGCGAUACAAGCAAGAGACUUGGUGA